CGUGCUUCAGUUCGGUUUGUGGUGGUCUCUCUCUGGAACUGUUAUUGAUGCUUUCCCCCUCGACAUGUCCCCGGUAACUGUCCUGUCUAACGUCUGAUCAGCAGCGAGGAGCCGAGCAGUGUGUGAGAAUGGAGCUGGAGGAAAAAAAACCGGACCCCAAAUACGGGGAUUCCAGGAAAUUUGACCCAAACUUCAAAGGGCCGCUUCACAACAGGGGCUGCACAGAUAUCCUGUGCUGUAUUCUCUUCAUCUUGGCCUUGUUGGGGUACUUUGCUGUUGGCAUCAUCGCCUGGUCUCAGGGUGACCCCAGGAAAGUGAUCUAUCCCACGGACAGCAGGGGGCAGUUCUGCGGACAAGCUGGAACUCCUCUGGAGAAGAAGCCUCUUCUGUUCUACUUCAACAUCCUGAAAUGUGCCAGCCCUCUAGUGCUGCUGGAGUUGCAGUGUCCCACCACACAGUUAUGUGUGGAAAGCUGUCCUGACAGGCAUCUGACGUUGGUGAAAGCCAAGUUAGGCAGCAAGGAAGACCGUGAAUACUUUCAACAAUACUGUAAGGAUGGAGUUGACUUUGCCAAACUGAGUCCUCCUGAGAUCCUGAAGGAGGGCUUGUGUCCUGCCAUGCUGAUGCCCAGUAAAGCCUUCACGCAGCGCUGCCUUCCUGCCCUGGGAACGAUGAAAGGUGGGGUGGUGGUGGUGGGCAACGAGACCACUUUCGAUGCGGGACAGGGCUACAAUAUCAAUGCCACAGACGUGUUGGAGGCAUCCAAGAAAUCAAAUGUGGUUAUUGAAGCUCGCCAAGUGGCUAUGAGAAUCUUUGAGGACUACACUCACUCCUGGCAUUGGAUUUUACUUGGUGUGGUGAUCGCCAUGGUCGUGAGCUUGAUCUUCAUCGUCCUGCUGCGAUACUUGGCUGGCAUCAUGGUCUGGGUCAUGAUCGUUUUGGUCAUCUUAGUCCUCGGAUAUGGGAUCUUCCACUGUUACAUGGAGUUUGCGAGUCUGAAGGGAGAGCCGGGCUCUGACGUGACCAUCCGAGACCUGGGGCUGCAGACGGACUUCUCUGUCUACCUGCAGAUCAGACAGACCUGGCUGGCCUUCAUGAUUAUCCUGGCUAUUGUGGAGGUCGUCAUCAUCCUCCUGCUCAUCUUCCUCAGGAAGAAAAUCAUGAUUGCCAUCGCCCUGAUCAAAGAGGCCAGCAGAGCUAUUGGUUAUGUGAUGUCAUCCCUGUUUUACCCACUGCUGACCUUUGCCCUCCUGGCCGUGGUGAUAGCUUACUGGGCCAUCACUGCUGUCUUCUUGUCCACCUCUAACGAGCAGGUGUACAAAGUGUUUAACAACUCUGACUGCGAGUACUCAAGAGAAACCUGCGACCCCAAGACAUUCAACACGUCCAACAUUUCAGCUCAGUGUCCUGAUGCAGAGUGCCUGUUUGCCUUCUAUGGUGGGGAGACCCUCUACCACAAAUACCUCAUCCUGUUCCAGUUCUACAACGUCUUUCUCUUCUUCUGGUGCGCCAACUUUGUGACGGCCCUGGGCCAGGUCACCCUGUCGGGGGCCUUCGCCUCGUAUUACUGGGCCUUCAAGAAGCCUGAUGAUAUUCCCGCCUACCCCAUCUUCUCCUCACUGGGUCGAGCCCUCCGAUACCACACAGGGUCCCUGGCCUUUGGCUCUCUCAUCCUGUCCAUGGUCCAGGUCAUCAGGGUCAUUCUGGAGUACUUGGAUCACAAGUUGAAAGACGCUCAGAACAAGUGUGCUAAGUUCCUGCUAAGCUGCAUGAAGUGCUGCUUCUGGUGUCUGGAGAAAUGCAUCAAGUUUCUGAACAGGAACGCCUACAUCAUGAUUGCCAUCUAUGGAAAAAGUUUCUGUCCCUCCGCUCGAGAUGCCUUUUUCCUUCUGAUGAGGAACAUUGUCAGGGUGGCCGUUUUAGAUAAAGUGACUGACUUCCUGCUGUUUCUUGGGAAGCUCCUCAUUGUUGGAAUCGUUGGCAUCUUCUCCUUCUUCUUCUUCUCUGGAAGAAUCAGAACGAUGGAGGAGGCUGCUCCAUCUUUGAACUACUACUGGGUGCCAAUACUGACUUUGGUAGUGGCAUCCUACCUCAUCGCCCAUGGCUUCUUCAGCGUGUACGCCAUGUGUGUGGACACACUGUUCCUCUGCUUCUGUGAGGACUUGGAGCGAAAUGACGGCUCAUCCGAGAGGCCUUACUUCAUGUCCCCCGAGCUGCACGAGAUCCUCUCUAAAACCAAGAAGCUGGAGGAAGACCACGAUGGUGUCGAGCAAGGGGAUUCUGCGAAGCAAGCGGACGAGGUAAAGCUGGAGGAGGAGACCCCUCUUCAGCAGCAACAAGAUGGAGGGAUCCAACUGAAACAGCAGACAGUGCUCAAGCAGGAGAACGAGGAAGAGCAGCCUCUGCAGGCCAAGACGGCUGCUGAAGAGCCGAAAGAGGAGAAAAAAGAAGAAAAAAUAAUCAGUCAGGAUGAGGAGGCUGAGCAGAAAGAAGAAGCUGAGGUUAAAGAAGAAGCGGAAAAGCAGGAGUUUAAACGGGAGGAAAAGAACGAAGAGGCGUUGCCUGCUGCUGCGGAGGCGGAGAAAGAAGAAACUGGUGAAAAGAAAGAGGAAAAAGAGGAAUCUUUGGAAGAAAAUCCUCCCACAGCAUCACAAGAGUAGAAGUUAACAGCAAUGCAAGGGCGAGAAAUGAGGCUUGGUAAACCUCACAAGAAGGAAAGAACAGUAUCGACGACUUUGUGGUCUGGGCCUACAACAAGCUAAAAAUAUCAGAUGGCCCUGCUGUGUAAGAGGUGCCCCGUCCAGCUGGAGAGGGUUGUGGUCCAUGUGUGAAGGUCAAAGCAGGUCAAAAGCCCAGUGCAUCUCUGUAGCUUAAAAAAAAGCUCUCUUGUGUUGGUUUUAGAACAGUGUUGGUUUUUAUAUUGUGAAGAUCUGUAGAACAUUGUGAGUGCUGAACCUGUGCCUGAUUACUGUCACUAAUAUGUGUUGUCUUAAUCCUGUUGGAGAAUGCACUACGGAACCACUAAGUACCGUGUUUACAGUCAAAACUCACACUUCUCAAUCAAUGGUGAAUCUCUUUUCACUGUUUACAAUAAUACCAGCUGACGCCAAAAUGUUACACAUAUUUGAUAUACCGUAUGAAUAUUGGAUUUUUUUUUUCCUAUGGAACUUGCAUAAUAUAUACAGCAUUGUAUUGUCUGUUAUGUAUUUGUUUGGCUUCAGUCUUGUAGAGAUCCAAGAUGGGAUCCUAUGUAUUGUAUUGCCACCUACUUGCCUUGGUAUUUCGGACUGGCGUAAGUGCUGCGAUUGUGUCGCCAUGACGCAACCAUCGUGACCUCUCUGCGGACCCCCCCUCUCCCCUCCCCGUCCCAGUUGUUGACUGAUCCCACCUGCCUUGCUGUGCCCCUAUCCUCUCUCUGUCUCUCUCUGUCUAAGUGCUGCAUGGUUUUGACAUGGCCUUCUGAAUGCUCUCAACUAACAUCUUAAUUCUCUGGAUGCUUUUGUACCGUUUUUUCUUGUGCGUCACCUUGUGAAAGAUGUAAGUUGAUUUCCUCAAUGAAUAUACUGAUGACAUUCCAUAUUUAUUGGAUGUAAAUCUUUAUUAAAGGUGAUUGUAUUUAAUCAUAGUAGUGCUGGUAUGGCUAAACAUGUGAGUUUGAAGGUGUUUCGACGUAUGGAAGCAGGUGAGUUUUCAUGUCCAACAAAAUGAGCCAGGACUUUGAUGUCUUAAAGGAAGCACUGCAACCAUUUGUACGUGUUAAAAGUCACUUGACGUGGAGAACAAAUCUGCCUGUAAAAUAAGUUGCACUGUAUCUUUAUUUGUCUUUAGCUUUUGAAGGAGGUUUUCUUAAAUGUGUGGACAGGAAAGGAAUUUCUACCUCAGGUACAAUGAUUUAGAACAUAUUUGUAUACCUUUUUUAAAGGUAAUAUCCAGAAUAUAACAUCAUAUUAAUAUAGACUACAGAGACGAGACAAAAAAGAAAAAACUGAAUAAAGUCAGGGAGAAAACUAAUUUCUUUGUCACAAAUAUAUGCAUUUCCCUCUUUUAUUAUUCAUGUUAUCAUCUCCUGACCACUCAGAUUAGUCUUGGGACCCGAUCCCCAGGUUGGCAUAAACUGAAUUAGAGCAUUCUUUUAGUUUUUUUAGUGAAAGAGCAACUUAGCACCACCUACCAGAACUCCACUGUUUGGAGCGGUUACAGAGCAAUGGAGCACAGUGCUGACCAUACACAAGGACACUUUCAACCAAAGCGGGCAGCAAAACACUGCUUUAUGAACUAAUGUUAAAGAAAUAUUUCACCCCAACAUUCAAAAAAAAGAUUUAUAUAAAUUACCCCAUUUUACCUUGAAUUUUGAAGAAAACUCUUUUUCUCACUGCAAACUUGUUUUGCUGUUGUUAAAGGUGGCCCCCAUUUACUUAAAUUCAUCAAGACUCCUCUCUGUUUCUUUUUAUUCUUCUUUCACCGUUGAGGUAUAUAUGUGAGAAUUAACAAAUUCACAGGAUGAGUAAUUGUUAUACAAAUGGUCAUUUUGGAGGUGAAGUAUUCCUUUAAGUAACUCUUUAACUGUCUCUUGCAGGUGUCCUUAAGUUAUUGAAGUGCAAUAUUAAAUUGUUGGGGUACUCCUUUAAUUCUUCAGCUGGAAGGCAAAACAAGUUAUAGAUAGACAAUGCAUUAAUACAAGAACAGUUAAAUUACUCUUUAUUGUGAUCAUGCUGUUGGGAAAAUGUCCUCAACUGCUUCUGUCCAUG